GAAGAAUAUAAUGCAUAUUUUGAGUAUGCAUCAAACCAUCGUCUUAUUUUGUAGGAAAAUAUCAAAAUUAGGUUGUUUUUCCGUUGUUAAGUGUCCCACGGGGAACACUAACAACGUGACACCGGGGCAUGUUAAAUGGAGCUCCAGGAAAAAGUAGCUGUGCCGAUAUUUACAGACGUGGACAAGGAUGUUUUUGUGCGAGACAUUUACCCAGAGGUGAGAUUAAAUCCGCUGUUUGUGUCCGUGAAUGCAACAAAAUCCACCCGCACCAGUCUGCUGCAGCUGACCUGGAGUCUGUGUGUACGAGGACGUGUAACAGCAGCUCUACUGCUCAGACCCGCCGUGCUGAGGGCCGUUCGUCUCGGACCUUGUCUGGAAAAGUGGACGGUUGAAUAUCUCGGACAGAAAGGGGGAGACAAGGAAGUGAAGAUCCACGUGUCCACGGUGCCACAGAUGGACUUCCUUCACAAAAACUUUGCAUACAAGACUCUGCCUUUUAAUGAAUUUGUGAAAAGGGCUUCUGAAAGAAAACACUCUGACUUCUUCUUGUGUGAGGAUGAGAGCUACUAUCUUCGAUCACUGGGAGAGGACGUACGAAGGGAACCUGCUGAUCUGAGCAAACAGUUCCCAGACCUGGCCGAGGAUUUUAACAUCCCACAGUUCUUUGCAGCGGAUCAGUUUUUCUCCAGUGUCUUCCGUAUCAGCUCCUGUGGUCUGCAGCUGUGGACGCACUACGACGUGAUGGAUAACCUGCUGGCUCAGGUGACGGGGAUGAAGCGUGUGGUUCUCUACAGCCCCCAGGAUGCAUUGCACCUCUACCUGUCAGGUGAUAAAUCGGAGGUUCUUGACAUCGACUCCCCGGAUCUGAAACGGUUUCCUGAGUUUGUGAAGGCGAAGAGAUACGAGUGUGUGCUCGAGCCCGGAGAUCUGCUUUUUAUCCCUGCCCUGUGGUUCCACAACACCUUGGCGCUGCAGUUUGGUGUGGGUGUAAACGUGUUCUGGCGCCACCUACCUGCAGACAGCUACGACAAAAAGGACCCGUACGGUAAUAAAGACCCCGUGGCUGCGUCUCGAGCCCUGCAGGCGCUGGAGAGAGCCCUGCACACUCUGGAUGAACUCCCGGCAGAUUAUCGGGACUUUUAUGGCCGCCGUAUGAUACAGCGCAUCCAAAAGCGGACGUACAGUGACAGUCUGACGAGAACAGCUACACGGGAGGACCCUGACGGCACAUUACCCAGCAGUCAACUCACCAAACCUGGAUAAGUGUCCAGAGGAAUGUGGAGUAACCAAUAAAAACACCCCUGUUGCACUUA